ACAAUGGCUUCGUACGAAGAGUGGUGUGAAGAAAAAUUAUCAAGACUUUCCGAUGAAGAUUCCCGAAUCCCGGUGUUAAGAGAGAUGACAGACUUCUUGACAACAAUCCCUCGCGAGGACAUGUCUCGAACAGCCAACUCUCUGCAACUUCCCGCAGUUUUUGACUGCUUAAACGACUCAAACAGUGAACAGGUUGAUUUAGCUUGUGAAGUCCUCGCACUUUGUAUGACGAACUUAAAUUUGGGCGAAAGCACUAAUAAAUAUGGAGUUUUUUUAGAAAGAGCUUUAAAUCAUCCAUUUCCAGCAGUUAAGCUUAUGGCUUUAAAUGAGAUUAAACGCAAUAUUGAAAACGAGGACAUUCUUGUUGACCUGUGCAAAAGAGAGUCGCUUUUAAUCAACAUUAUUAAAUGUGUGGGAGAUGAGGAUUUGGGGGUUGCAAAAUGGGCCGCGGAAGUCAUCAAAAUAUUGGGGCUGUCAAGUGUGGGGAUCAAGCAGUUGACCAAACCUGAUGUUUUACAGUCUUUACAUGAAAUUAUGGGACUGAGUGAAAUUGUCAGGUUCAGAGUUUAUGAGUUAUUGAUUGAUAUCAGUAAUCAGUCAGAAGACAACUUUAACGUUUUAAAGGGCGUUGGACUAUUCUCCCAAAUUUUUAAUGAACUUGAUAGUAAUGAUAUUUUACUUCGGUUGAACGUUUUGGAAUUGUUGACCCAAUUAGGGUCAAGUAAACACGGUUUUAAUUAUUUAGAAUCAAAUGAGACUUUAAAAAAACUGAGCGGAAUGUUGGAAAGUGAUGAUUUAGUAACAGUCCAGUUAUGUGAACCGGGAAUUUUAAAAUUUUUCGGGAAUAUGGCGUAUUGGAAGCCAAUGGAAACUCUUGCAAAAUAUCCCAAUCUUUUUCAAAGAAUGUUCAACAAUAUUGAAAGUAACGAUUUUACUAUAGUUAGCGUCUCUGUUGAAACUCUCGGACACAUAGGACUAUCAAACGACGGUAAAAUUGCUUUAGACUCAACGGGGGCUUCCAUAGAAAAUGCAAUUAAAAACAUUUCAAAAUCCAUCCCUUCAAUGCCCAGUGAGGUUAAAGUGCACGGCUUGAAUUGCUUAGAAAAUGUAUUACAAAUUGUUGAGCCUAAUAAUCAAGUAAUGGCAAUUACACAAAAAUGGUUUUCUUUAAUAGAAGAUAAUCCAAUGAGUUUUAUUUGGAAUUACGCGAAAAAUCCAUUUUUUGAAUUGAGACUUGGCGGAUUUGGCCUUUUAAGGGCUGUAGCAGGACAACCUUGGGGCCAGGAAGCCAUAAAAAACUUUCCAGGAAUGGUUGAAUUUCUGCUUGACAGGAGUGUGGAGACCAUCAAGGAAUGUAAAGAGGCAAAGUUUGGUAUUGUUGAAUUGUUGGCUAACAGCGAUGUUUUCGAUCAAAUGACUCUUAAAAAGUUGCAAAAAUAUGUGAGGGAAGGGCCGUUUUAUGUUCAAGCUGUUACGGAAGUUGCUAUUGAACGGAAUGAUUGAUUUUUAUUUUUAAUGUUAAUGUGUUGAUUUCUAACAAUAAAAUGGUUAUUUACUA